AUGAUGAACAACACUCUAACAACAGUCCAGGGUAUCCCUGGGACAUCAAAUCCUUCUCAACCUCAGGACAUGACUGCUAACCAUACUCAUGUUCCUCCUCGCCGACGAAGUGCACCACGUAGCGGACCAAUUCCUAUCCCUUUCAUAUGGGCAACCAAUCACCGAGCAAAAAUCCACAACCUCAAUCAUCUCUUACAAAACAAAAUCUUUAGCAUCACCGGCGAUGUUCAAUGCAAGAGUUGCCAAACAAAGUUUCAAAUGCCGUUCGAUCUGCGUACGAAAUUCGAUGUAAUCUCUCAAUAUUUGGUUACGAACAUGAACACCAUGCAUGAUAGGGCACCAAAGAUCUUGAUGAAUCCAAGACUGCCAAGAUGUGCACAUUGCAAUCAAGAAAACAGUGUGAAACCGGUAAUUGCCGAGAAGAAAAAGAAUAUCAAUUGGUUGUUUCUAUUGCUGGGACAAAUGCUCGGUUGUUGCAAGCUUGAACAAUUGAAGUAUUUUUGCAAGUACAACAAUCAUCAUCGAACCGGUGCCAAGAAUAGAGUUCUUUAUUUGACUUAUUUUGAAUUAUGCCAACAACUUGAUCCUUCUGGACCCUUCAAUGUUCGUUGA